UUUUUAGCUUAUGGUCAAUUUUAUUGUACGAAAUAUGUUAUUAUUAAUAUGCCCUUCCAGAAUUAAUUGUUUUUGAAUUAAAACGUGCAUUCCCGGCCUUAUUUUGUGAUAAUGGCAUACGUCAAGGCAUUAACCAAUUAGAUUAAAAAUGUUUGCGUCGCUGAAAAAUAAAAUACGCGAAGAAACUGGGAGUGACUUGUCGAAGUUAACAGCGAAAAUAACGUCCUCGACGGUCCAAAAGAUCGAAUCUCUAAGAGGCCGAUCGACACAGGGCUCCUCUUCCAGUCUCAACUCCAUCGUAUCCUCGGAAGGGGUCAAAGACGACGGUCCCAUCGAUUCCGAAGAGUUCAAGAAACGAUUGAACAAGAUCGAAUCCGAGUUCACUAGAAAAUUAGAAUACAAGGAAAUAGAAUGGCGUGAAUUAAUCAAGGAGAAAGAUAAGAAAUUGCAAGUAUUGGAAAAAGAGAAGGAUGAUACCCAGAAGCUAGUCGAAACUCUAAAGGAGUCAUUAAAAAAUGCCGAAGAUUUCAAUACGAAAAUUUUACUGCAUAAGGAAAACAAUGAGCAAUUGGAGAGCUUGCAAAUCCAGGAAAUGUCUAAGGUUAAAAAUCUAGUCUUGCUGAGGGAUCAGGAAAUCGCCGAAAAAUCCACUGCCCUCAAGGACGCCAAUGUACAAUUAGAAAAAUUAAGAAACGAAGUGGCGAGACUUCGAAGGCAGGAGGAGACUCUGAGCGAUGUGCAGGAUAAAUCGGAGGAUAGCCUGCAAGCGACGAGGAAGGAUUUGGAGACGGCUCAAAACGAGCGGCAGGAGCGCGAAAAGGAAUACAAGCAACUGAAAAAAUCUUUAGAUUCGGAGAAUUCCGCUAACAAUUCGCUGCGAGAAGCCGUCGCGAAAUUGGAAAAGGACUUGGCCGAGGAAAAAGCGAACUCUUUGAACGUACAAAAGACUCUAACUAGGGUAACGUCCGAGAAAAACACCACUCUCGUACGAAACGCCGAAAUUUCCCAGCAAAUGGAGCUCGUCAAGCAGGACAUGAGGCGACAAGAAACCGAAACCAACGAACUCCACCAUAAAUUAUCCGUGUUAGAAAAGGAGAACGCCAAAUUGAAAGACGUCGUGCAAGUAGAACAAAGACUGAAACACACCAUAUCCGAAUUGGAGGACCAAAUAGCCGAAAAGAAUAAGAACAUCAAAACCUUGCAACUUCGGCUGGCGGACAUGAAGAAAACCCUGCAACAGGAACUCAGGACGCCGGGCAAUCCGAACUACCACUCGGACUUGAUGGAUUUGAAUUCGGCCGCUAUUCUGACGCCCACGCAGGUGUCGACCCGGCACUUUCCGUCGUUGGUGCGCAGGGACGACGAGGACGUGAACUUUAGGUAUUUGAAGCACGUUGUGUUGAAGUUUCUGACCAGCAAGGAGUACGAGGCGCAGCACCUGAUCAAGGCGAUCUCGACGCUGCUGAAGUUCACGGCGGACGAGGAGAAGCUGAUACAGGACACGUUGGAGUGGAGGAAGUCGUGGUUCGGCAGCAAACCUAAAUAUCCGGGUGCGAAAUUAAAGAAUUUCUCCAACAGUUGAUGGUUGUUUUCUUUGUAUCAGUAUUCUAUUUAAUGCAGCUGGUUUUAUGUGGACUUUUAUUGAGAACGAACGUUUAAUUGUUGAAGAUGUAAAUUUAUUUGGCUUACUCGAAGAGAAAGGUAAAUGUACUAUUAGUAUUAACAGAACCUUCCAUUUAGUUCGUUCAUAAUAUCGAUUUCGUAAACAAUUAUUGUAUAUUUUUAAACGAUAUUUUAACAGUCUACAAGUGUUUUUGGGAUAAUAAAGAAAUUUAUACCAUUUCAUACAACCUUUACAGUUGCUUCUUCUAGCGCAAGUUUGCUCUCAAAUGAAAUUGAUUCGAGUUCAUUUGUAUUGUACCUGUACAUUCUACCCUACCUCAUCGAGAGCUACAGUUAAAUUAUUCGAUUAUAAUACCCUGCCUUAUUAAAUAUUUAAGCUUUUAAGACAUUUCGAAAUAUUUUUAAUUUUAAAACAAUGUAUAAUGCUAAUCUUCAAACAAUGAGUCCUUUUACCAGUAGUUUUGUAUUAUUUAUAAUUGGUUGUGUAAUUUUUAAUAAUUUCCAAAGAGUUUGCACGAGGAAGCUUGAUAUUUAUACCUCUAUAUAAUUUGUAGAAGACAAUUUUCAUUCCGUUUGUAUGUGAUAUACAGGGGAAAGCAUCCUUAACUAACUUUACUAUUAGUGAGUAGGUGACUCUGUAAAUAUGUAAAUAAGCUUCACACAUAUUUAUACAUUUUUUGAACCAGAG